AAUCCUUUCGUAGCUUCGCAUUGUGUUUGCAAAAUGGGUUUCAAUCUCUUAGUUUCUAACCUUCAUCCAAACAUUACCAAUCAGCAGUUGUUCAACUUGUUCGCACCGUACGGAAAUAUCUCUUCGACAACGGUGUACCAAACGGGUAACUCGCUGGGGCAUGGCUUCGUAAAUUUCUACCACGCGCAGAAUGCGACACGCGCCAUCGUUUGUAUGAACGGACGCGAAAUCUAUGGCUUUCGGAUCUACGUGGAGCCAGCACCUCAAUGCGUAGGGAAUCCAACCAUUCAACCACAACAACAGGAUGCUCGGUCGAUAGGGCUACAAUACAUAAACGAUAUGAUAAUGGACAAUAUGGGCUUUUAUUUCAAUAAAAGCAAGCAGCAACCUCUGAGGCAGGCAGCAACCUCUUGCCCGGGAAAUGUGGGUCGGAAUAUUCCUCAAAUAGCCGAACCACGGAAAACACCUAAAACUCCCCCAAAAAAAGCCCAAACUAAGUGCACGGCGGAUGCGGCGAAGGAAAACAGCACUGUUUCAGUCGCUGCCAACAUUUUGCAUGUUGUCGACCGCGCGGAACAAAAGAGGAUACUCGGUGAAUGCCUGUUCACAGCGAUCAAGGCCAUUUGUCCGCAAUUGGCUGACAAAGUAACCGGCAUGCUGGUGGAACUUAACAAUACGGACAUACUGGACAUGCUGGAGCAUCCCGAAACCCUGAAGAAGAAAGUGAACGCAGCAUUUGCGGUGUUACAAUCCUACUACAAAGCCCAAACCUAA